AUGGAAUGCUGGUACGUCCUAGCCGUCCUCCUCUGCCAGUCCUCUUCCGCGUCCCUCGCCGCCUACCUUGCAUCUCAAAUCCAGCGCCAAGCCCACCGCUCUGCUGUCUACUACAUUUCCCAAGCUUGGAGUCUCCUCCACUCUACCCUGCCCGCCUCCGACGCCCUCAGAAUGAGCACACAUAACUCUCGACACCACCAUGCUAUCUGGACGCAUGCGUCGGGCAAGAGACUUGAGAUCGAGCGCGGCAAAGACCUUUCCGAAUACGUCCACGCGAAGUUGGAAGCAAUCCGCUGGAUCGGAGCGAGGAGGGAGGGAACGACGAGGGAGGGAACGACGAGCUGCUGCAGAUGCGACGAGAUCGUACUCUUAUCGACCACACUAUACUAA